AUGUCGCGGGAAAGCCUUGAUGGCCUUCCUGAUGAGCUCACACUCGAGAUCGGCGACUACUUGAACGGCGUUCGACGGGAAACCCGACAGAUCGCGUUGCGUUGGCUCGAAUCACCAUCCUUUCCCGUCGAUGGCGAUCGUAUCGGUCCGGAUCCUCAUCUUGCGACCCCCUUCCGAAUUUCAGUCCAACGCCGCCACUUCGAGCUUGCUAAACUCUUCGCGGAGCGUGGUGCCGACAUCAAUGCCCGCGCACAUGACCAGGGAUCUGUACCCGAGGAAUGUCUCUUUCCCCCAUGGCUUGCACCGGCGACUCGGGACUUCUGGUGGUGGGCAAUUCGACAAGGACUUGAUAUGCUCAGCACUAAAAAUCCGAAAGUGGAUGACUGGAAAAUGCCACAGCUUCUUCGGAGUCGGCGUCCCUACCAGCACAUUAGUCCAGCAGGGCGACUGCUCUGGUACCUGGCAAUGGAUAUCAAGACCCAAAACCUCUCUCAGAAGAAUGAUCAUUUUCUACGAUUCUUGGUCAAUCACCUCGACGGAAAAGAGUACCACAACGACGUUCGCCAGAUCCUGAAGCACCUCGAGACGACUUACACCUCUCUGCCUGAAGAGAAGCAGCGGAGGUGCAGGAGGACGGAUGGAGAGGACGGUAUUGACCAAAACUAUGCCCCCGGUGAAUUUGAGGACAUCGAAAUGCAGGACUCCAAAUUGGAGAAUCUUCACAUUAGCAAGCGCAAGCGAGGCGAAGACGACGAUUCGAACUCGAAGCGAAUCAAGACCUAG